AACAAUUGCGAGCUUUUAGAUUCAUUAACUAACCGUAAAAAAUUCUAGUAAAUUCAUUUUGACAUUUUAAAAACUUUUUUGUGAUUGCAUUUAAAUUGAAUGAGUAAUUAUGGCCAAAGUAAAAGCAAAAGGCGUUGAAAAGUCUAAAAAAAUUUCCAAUAAUGGUAAAAAAUUAAAACCCAUGAAAAUAGCGGCGUUAAUAUUCUCAGCUAUUCAAGAGCUCAGUGAAGCCAAAGGAUCAACUCCUAAUAAGAUUACUGGAUAUAUAAGUUACACUUCAGAUCUCCCUGAGAAUCGAGUAAAACGUCAAGUACAAACAACUUUGAAGCGAGGUGUGGAGUAUGGAAUUUUAAGAAGGUAUCGAGGCCACUAUUUUUUACCUACAGGAGAUGAAUUAGACCGUGCUAACAGAAUAGCUGUACGAUUUGCAAGAUUACCAACACCAGCACCGUCUACUCUUAAAUCUAAUCUUAGCGAAAAAUCCAAGAAAGCGAUUGAAUCUUCCGGAAACAAUCGUUUGAGAUCGCGUAAGACUUCUCAUCCAAUGAAACAAAGACGAUCAAGAUCCCUCCCUGCAUCACCUGCUUCAAGUCUCUCAGACACCAGUUGGAGUAGACGAGAUUCAUUUUCACAAAAAAGUGACGUAGAUUGAUGAGCAAAAUUUCCUAUCUCAGCUAAUAAAUUUUUCGUAAGACCACAAUCGAUAGAUUCUUCAAUUUAGAUCAAUAGGAAAAAUAUUAUUUAAAUUAAUGAUACUAUUUAAAUUAUCUCCACGGCCAUAUCUAGUGUUUUACACAUCAUUACACUUAAUAUCUUUGUAAAUAGCUUGUUCAGAUAUAAAAACGAUUCGAUGAAUAAUUAUCGUAUUCACUGGCUUCAAAAGUUCUUUUAAUAAAAUAGGAGAGGAAAGUUUUUCUUCCAGUACAUUUCAUUGAUUAGGAGACGGCUAGAUGAAGUGAGUUUAAUUACCAUUGAUGUAUUAAUAUUCUCCAAGAUCAAAAGUGAAUGAAAAAGAGAUAAAUGAAGCGAUAAAAAGUAAAGAUGAACGACGGUUUCAAUUACGUUAUCGAUGUAGGUAUAUUGACUUUCUUCCACCUUUUUUACUAUUUGCAACAUUAACUUCGUCAGUUGGAUCAUUUUUUUCUUUUUUGGUUCCCAUAAAUGCCUGAUUUAGUCCUGCUAUGAAAACCAUUACAGAGUGUCAAAUUUUGUGAGAUGAAAAACGAUUUUUUUCAGAUAAAAAAGAAAGUGCGAGGGUGAUGUUUAAUAAGCUUCUCAUGUUUGUCGUUUAUAAAGUUGGGAAAGACUUUCAAUCUCUUCAAUAAAUUUAAUACUUUUUGAAAAUUCA